AAGAUGACAUCACCCUGACAGAGGAGAUAGACAGAGCGAGGACAAAAUCUUGACUGUCAGAAGAAUGAUUCUCCAAAAGGCUCGUGAAACCAUCUUUGUUCUCUCCUUGUGUUUCACUGUGGUCUUUGGUGCAGAGAACACCUGUCCAGAGGUGAAGGUUAUUGGCCUGAAUGACAAGGACAGACUGACCAUCCUUCAGGGCUGCCCAGGACACCCAGGGAUACCAGGUACUCCUGGAGCCCCAGGCAUGAAGGGAGAACAAGGCCUGCCAGGCCCUCAAGGUGUGAAAGGUGAACCAGGAGCUUUUGGAAAGAUUGGCCCUAUUGGAUCCAAAGGACAGAAAGGAGAACCAGGGGAUCAGAGAAGCACAGGGGCUCGGAACUGUAAGGAGCUGCUGGACCAGGGGAACUACAUCAGCGGCUGGUACACAGUGAGGACAGAGGGAGACAAAGACAUCAGGGUGUUCUGUGACAUGGAGACAGAUGGAGGCGGCUGGCUUGUAUUCCAGAGGAGGGUGGAUGGAUCAUUAGAUUUUUACAGAGACUGGGCCUCUUACAAGCGAGGGUUUGGUAACCAGCAGUCAGAGUUCUGGCUGGGGAACGACCACAUUCAUUCACUGACCAGCUCAGGGAAUUAUGAACUAAUGAUAGAUUUCAGGGACUUUGACAAUGCCUCCACUUUUGCAAAAUACCUGCCUUUUAAGAUCCUGGGGGAAGCUGAGAAUUACCGAUUGAUUCUGGGUGGAUUUCAGGAUGGAAGUGCUGGUGAUUCCCUAUCAGGUCAUAAUAAUCUUUCCUUUUCUGCAAAAGACCGUGACAACGACGUCUGUGACUGCAACUGCAGCAGCAUGUACAAGGGAGGCUGGUGGUAUGGAAAGUGUCACAGUUCCAACCUUAACGGUCUCUAUCUGGGUGGGCACCAUGAAAGUUACGCCAAUGGAGUUAAUUGGUAUUCUGGGAAAGGUCACAAUUAUUCCUAUAAGUAUUGUGCUAUGAAAAUAAGACCUCGUUGAAAUAGCGAGGCAGUGUGCAGCACAGAGAGAAAGCUGUUCCAUUCUCAAGGGUCUGUGAUGCUGGAAUCUUGGGUUUUGAUUCAAAGACUGAGACUCAUUUGGAAGAACAAAUUCUAUAUCAACUUGUGGUUUCACACAAAGUACAGCGCCACAACAUGGAGGACAAUAUCCUGGUGUAUAAAACAGGCCCUUUCCCUUUCCUUAAACUGUGUUCCAUGGUGAUUUAAAUCCUGAUAUAAAAAAAUAGAAAAAAUUGUAUAACAAAAACCCCAUGUCUUCUGAAAUCAUCCUUUAAAAUGUAAACACAAUGUAAAUAUCUGAAGCUUUCGUGACUACUACACUGUGUCUGAAUGUGUGACUUAACCAAACCAUGCACUUCCAACAAUAUUGUAUAAACCUUACUAAAAUAUUUUGUCCAACAUAACCAGACUUUACAGCUUUGGAAAAGUUAUUACAAUGUAUUAAAUUAGUUAGAAGACUACUGCAAGCAAAUUAGCUCUUUUUAUCAAUCGUCGGAAAUGGAUGUUUUUUGCUGAUUGUUAAUGCAUGUUCUUCUCCAAAUCUGUGAUAAAUAUUGCAUUUUGGAUGUUCUAUGUUAAACUUAGAUUGAAAGAGACCCAUCAGCAAUGUAUUCCUAAGAAGGAAAUAUUUCCAUUAUGGUUUUGUAUUUUAAUUCAGGAGUAGACAUUAUACUGUAUAUUUCUUUAAAAUAAAUACAGUCGUCCAAUAA